CAGGACGGGGCUGGGAGGAGGCCCGCCGGCCUCUCGGGGCUUCGUUUUCCCGCGGGGGAGGGAAGAUGGACGUCCUCAAGGCGGAGAUCGAGCGGAAGCGGAAGCUGAUGGCGGAGAAGGAGCUGCUGACGGGAAAUAAGAAAUAUUUCAAGCGUGGUGAGCUGGCUAAGAAGGAGGAAGAGGCCUAUUUCAAAAGAUGUGGAUACAAGCCAGUAAAUGAGACGCCACCGAGAGAGGUCAACGAGGAGGCGGAAAAUGACGAGAGAACAGCUUCUUCCAAUCCAGUGCUGGAGCUGGAAUUGGCAGAGGAGAAGUUGCCCAUGACUCUUUCCAGACAAGAGGUCAUCAGGAGAUUGAGAGAAAGAGGUGAGCCCAUCAGGCUGUUUGGAGAAACAGAUUAUGAUGCCUUUCAGCGAUUGCGAAAGAUAGAAAUUCUGGCCCCAGAAGUGAACAAGGGAUUGAGGAAUGACCUGAAGGCUGCUUUGGAUAAGAUUGACCAGCAAUAUCUGAAUGAGAUUGUAGGUGGACAGGAACAAGGAGAGGAUGACGCACAGAACGACCUCAAAGUCCAUGAAGAGAACACAACCAUUGAAGAAUUGGAGGCGCUGGGAGAAUCUUUAGGUCAAGGUGACGACCAUAAAGAUAUGGAUAUCAUAACUAAGUUCUUGAAGUUUCUUCUUGGAGUUUGGGCAAAGGAGCUGAACGCCAGAGAAGAUUACCUGAAACGGGGCGUCCAUGGAAAGCUGAACAGCGCCACCCAGAAGCAGACAGAAUCGUACCUGAGACCUCUGUUCAGAAAACUUCGCAAAAGGACUCUUCCUGCAGACAUUAAGGAAUCGAUAACGGAUAUUAUCAAGUUCAUGUUGCAGAGGGAAUAUGUGAAGGCCAACGAUGCCUAUCUCCAGAUGGCGAUUGGGAAUGCUCCAUGGCCUAUUGGUGUCACUAUGGUUGGCAUCCAUGCCCGUACUGGUCGAGAGAAGAUCUUCUCAAAGCAUGUGGCUCACGUGUUAAAUGACGAAACUCAGAGGAAAUACAUCCAGGGCUUGAAGAGGCUCAUGACCAUUUGCCAGAAACACUUCCCCACAGACCCAUCCAAGUGUGUGGAGUACAAUGCAUUGUGACAACACCACAACCUGUUUCUGCUCUUGGGGACCCAGGCAAUGUGGAAGCAGAGCAGUCUUUGUGAGAAUUUUGCAUCUGAAGCCUGGAAUAGACUGGAACUUGGUGUGCAUUGCUUAGGUUCUGCCCAAGCAGUCACAGUGGUUUAAGCUUCAACAACAUUGUAUAUUUCCCCACCCCCUUUUUUUGGUAUUGUUUUUGUAGGAAAUGAGACCUCUAAGAAAAGUUUGUAAAGGUCACAUUAAGAGAGGGGCCUCUAGCAAAUGAUGUGAAUGAGCACAUGUUAUGGCAGAGGAUUAUCUUAUGCAGGUGAAUAAAUAGACUUGAAAGGGAGAGAUUAAUUUUAUUCCUAAACCUAAGGUUAUGGGUAAGUAUGACCAAACAAGUUAGGAUUUGUAAAUGUGCACGAGGAGGGAGUUGCUCUGGGUUAUUUCCAAAUCCAAGUCUGUCUAAAACAAAUCACAUUGGUUGAAGGCUGGUUUCUGAUCCUUUCCGUGUUUGGACAUGCUGUAAUUCUGGGUCCAGACCUAACACACGCAACUCCCAUCUUUCUGGUUUAUUUUGCUGCUUGAUCACCUGCUUGUCUGUAUAGUGCUUCAUUAAACCUGGAGUGCUGACUUAAUAGGAACCGCAGAUAGGGUCAUGAUAGCGCAUGAUAGCAAUCUUGAUCUUUCUUUUGUGAAUCUUGUGAAAUUUCUAAAAUAGCUGUUAUGGGUUAUGGGUAUUAAUAAAUAAUUAUGUUGCUAUGGUCAGCAGGAGCACCUUCUGAGUGCUGAAACAACAGGUUCAUCUAAAAGUGGUUUUUAAUGUCCUGGUUCUCAAGAACCAAUAAAUUUGAAUUUGUUCUAAGUUUCUUAAUUUAUAAAGUACUUUCCUACCUAUUAUGUCUGGAGCAUUAUUUCAUUGCACUGAAGAAUUAUCAGGCACUGAAAUUGAAAUCCAGAAUUAUUUCAGGCAUUGAAGGCUGAAAAGGUGAUUUUGGUCUGAAAAAUAUUUUGGAAGAUAAGAUUGAAAUAAAUGGUGUAGCUGUACUAACUUAAAUCAUUGCAAUUAAGUUAGUGAUCAAAGUGUUGGAAUAAGAUUGGGGAGAAUCUGGUUCAGGUCCACCCUUAACCAUGUGAACAUACGGAUUCUGAGCCAUUUACAUUUUCUUGGCCCAAUUUAGUUAACAGGCUUUGUAAGGAUAAAAUGAAGGGAGAUUUCCAUGUAAGUUGAAUUCCUGGUGAAAUAUAACUCUAAUAGAUCAACUAGUCUUGAACUACACACCUGUUCCUUUCUGAUGACAUGCUGUUCAGUCUAGAGAAUUAUAGACAAAAGUUAAAUGUCUGUAAAAUUAGCUUAAGGUAAUUAAGGAAAGCUAAAGUGGGUGAGUUCACGAGAACCCAGAGAGUGACAUCAGUCACAUCAUCAAAGCAUGACUUAAAAGCAGUGAAGUAAUUUGCAAAUAGUACCCCAAUAAAAAGCAAGUUAAACAUGGCAGCAGAGAAGUAAGCCUGCCAAAAUGGUAUAGAAGUUUCUGUUCAACGUUACCAGUGAGUGGCAGCAUUGAAUCGACUGUCUGUGUUCAGAAUUUGGAUUGAGGCUGCUUCGUUCUUGGAUGCGAGACCACCAGGGGAUCCCAGGGCUGUAGACUAGGCUGGGCCGCUGAAAAAUCAUCCUGGAAGGAGAUGGUGCCAACCACUCUGAUUGGUAUUACUGGGAAAAUUGCAGGGAUAUGCCUAUGGAGUUGCCAUGAAUUGAGCUCAGCUUGAACACAUUCAUUACUUUUUAUAUGUCCAGGAACAAUUGUUUUCUGUACCCCUGCCCAGCCCCAUGCACCCCCCCCCCCAAAAAAAAGGCAGGGGAAGGGUUUGAGGAUGCUUGUAGGGGAUUAAGUGCUGGAGAGAUUAUCCCGUACAAUCUUCUUCAUGCCCAGCCUUCUUUCGCCUUCAUUAUUUUCCAAGACAACACAGCAGUUGAUUCCUUUUUAAAAUGCUUAUUUAAAUUUCUCUCUGAAAGCAGAACAGAUCUGCUUGGCCUCAGAGACUCCUUUUGAACCGUGUUUCAGUUGACUUCUGUUCCCGUUUGAGCACGUUUGACUCCUUCAAAGUCCCUCAGGACAGGAUAUUACUUUCAUCUAAAGUACAAAACUUUAUAAACAGUAAUAAAGGAGAGCAAGAACCACAA